CUCGGCAGGCCAGCACGUAUGCCGCGAAUCCCGCGCACGACCGCCCCCAACCGCGAUUCCCCUCGUGCCCGCGGCGAAUCACGCGCACGACCGGCCCCUCGCGGCGAAUCCCCUCCCACCCGCGACGAAUCCCCUACCCGAACCUCUCGCCACCACCGCGGCGAACCACGCGCAAAUCUCUCAGCCACCCCCAUCCUCGUGCAAAUCUGUCGCCACCACCACCCGCUACGCCCGCUCUCAACAACCUCCGCCUCCAUCGCCGUGCGUCUCGGCCAUCCCUCGACUCUGAGAUUUACGCCGCUCUCAAGAACCCCCGCUCUCAAAAACCAUGCUCCCAAGGAGGUACUGCAGACUGCUCGCAAGUCCUGGUAGCGCAGAACCGCGCGUCCUCAAUCCGCUACUCCGGCAAGCCCGCUCCCCGACUGUUCAACUAAUCCGCCGUCACCUCGCGUCCGCCCUCGUCACAUUGGUUUUCGCCGAGGUGUCUGGACAAGUAGCAGCAUUUCAUGUGACGGUUGACAGGUGUGCAUUUUACUGCUGCAGAUUCCUCGGCUGGCAGGCUGCUGCGCUCUUGAGAGAACAGCCCGUCUACCACGUCGUAUAGUGUACCAUUGGCUGCGGGGCCGCCAUGCCCCCAAUGGCGCUACCCGGAAGGAGGCUGAGUAUUUGGGAGAGUAUCGGCGAAGCAUCAUGGCUCCUGACGAAGCAGAGGCUAUGACCAGCGCGCUGGACGUUGCUGGGGGCCGCCUGAUGCUGGCGGCGGCUGCUGCCUGGAGGGCAGCGAUAGAGCUCAUGAUCGUCGAGACCUUCGAUACCAGAUUGGUAGGAGCUGUGUUCCCUAUGCUGACGAUAUGUUUCCGUUGCAAUGCACGGGCACCCACCUAGUGGUAUAUUAUGACGUUAUUACUGUAAUAUCCGUUUGUGUGUUGUGGCGAUACACUAAUUAUAUUUAAUUUAAUGC